CUCGCCCUCCGGGGGCGGGGCGCGCUGGGGGCGGGUCCUGCGGCACCGCCCGGGAAGCUGCGCGAAGCUCGGUGCCACCGCCACAUCCUCCGGAGCUCUGAGUCCAGGCGAGCCGAGUCGAGCCGGGCCAGGACCAAGCCGGAGCGCUCCGACGGCACGGGCGAGCCGAACGCUGAGCCAUGGCGCACCAGACCGGCAUCCACGCCACCGAAGAGCUAAAGGAAUUCUUUGCCAAGGCCCGGGCUGGCUCCAUCCGACUCAUCAAAGUUAUCAUUGAGGACGAGCAGCUCGUGCUCGGUGCCUCGCAGGAGCCAGUGGGGCGCUGGGACCAGGACUACGACCGGGCUGUACUGCCGCUGCUGGAUGCCCAGGAGCCCUGCUACCUCCUCUUCCGCCUGGAUUCGCAGAAUGCUCAGGGUUUCGAAUGGCUCUUCCUGGCCUGGUCACCUGAUAAUUCGCCUGUGCGGCUGAAGAUGCUGUAUGCAGCCACACGAGCCACAGUGAAGAAGGAGUUUGGAGGCGGCCACAUCAAGGAUGAGCUCUUUGGGACAGUAAAGGACGACCUCUCCCUGGCCGGGUACCAGAAGCACCUGUCAUCCUGCGCUGCACCUGCCCCACUGACGUCGGCUGAGAGAGAGCUCCAGCAGAUCCGAAUCAAUGAGGUGAAGACUGAGAUCAGCGUGGAAAGUAAGCACCAGACACUACAGGGCCUGGCCUUCCCGCUGCAGCCUGAGGCCCAGCGGGCGCUUCAGCAGCUCAAGCAGAAGACAGUCAACUAUAUCCAGCUGAAACUGGACUUGGAACGGGAGACCAUCGAGCUGGUACACACAGAACCCACAAACGUGGCCCAGCUACCCUCACGGGUACCCCGAGAUGCUGCCCGCUACCACUUCUUCCUGUAUAAGCACACCCACGAGGGUGACCCCCUGGAAUCUGUGGUGUUCAUCUACUCCAUGCCGGGCUACAAGUGCAGCAUUAAGGAGCGCAUGCUCUACUCCAGCUGCAAGAGCCGCCUCCUCGACUCUGUAGAGCAAGAUUUCCAGCUGGAGAUAGCUAAGAAGGUUCUCCGGCACAGGACCCUACACCCUGUGUCUCUUCUAGUACAGGCUGCAGUGCUGUCCGGGGCUCUGGCCCUGGGCACCCUGCCUGCCUUCCUGCCCUGUGAGCUGAAUCAGCCUUUGGGCCUGGUGGACUGUGAUUGGCUGUUCCUGAAGUCUGUGCCUCACUUCUUGGCAACAGAUCUCCUUUCCAACGUCACCAACCUUUCCUUGGUCUCCAACCGUAUCCACCACCUGCACGACACCGACUUCAUCCACUUGCCCAAACUGCUGCAUCUGAACCUCAAAUGGAACUGUCCUCCCAUCGGCCUCAGCCCCAUGCACUUCCCUUGCCACAUGACCAUUGAGCGCCACACCUUCCUGAACGUGCCUAAGCUGGAAGAGCUGAACCUGAGCAACAACGGCAUCACCACUGUGCCCCCACUGCCCAGCUCCCUGAAGAAGCUAAGCCUGAGUCACACCAACAUCCUGGUACUACAUUUUAGCAGCUUUGGUUUCCCGAGCUCCCUGCAAUUUCUCUUCAUGGAUGGAAACUGCUACUACAAGAACCCCUGCAGCAAGGCAGUAGAGGUGGCCCCGGGUGCCCUUCUGGGCUUGAGCAAUCUCACCCAUUUGUCACUCAAGUAUAACAACCUCACGGAGGUGCCCCGCCAACUGCCCCCCAGCCUGGAGUACCUUCUGGUGUCCUAUAACCACAUUGUCAAGCUGGGGCCUGAAGACCUAGCCAAUCUGACGUCCCUUCGAGUGCUUGAUGUGGGCGGGAAUUGUCGCCGCUGUGACCACGCCAUCAACCCUUGUAUAGACUGUAGACAGAAGUACCUCCAGCUGCAACCUGACACCUUCCAUCACCUGACCCACCUUGAAGGCCUGGUGCUGAAGGACAGCUCUCUCUACUGGCUGGAGCCCUCCUGGUUCCAAGGUCUGGUCAACCUCUCAAAGCUGGACAUAAGUGAGAACUUUCUCUACGACUGCAUUACCAACACCACGGUCUUUCAGAACAUGACCCGCCUGCGCAAGCUUGAUCUGUCCUUCAAUUACCACAAGAAGGUUUCCUUUGCCCAGCUCCACCUGGCAAAUUCCUUCAAGGGCCUGGUGUCACUGCAGGAGCUGAACAUGAACGGCAUCUUCUUCCGCUUGCUCAACCAGGCAACUCUCGAGUCGCUGACCCGUCUGCCCAAGCUCCGCACUCUGCAUCUCCAAAUGAACUUUAUCAACCAGGCCCAAAUCAGCAUCUUUGGUGCCUUCAAAGUCCUUCAGUUUGUGGACCUGUCAGACAACCGCAUCAGUGAGAUUCUAACGCCGCCGCCAGCAGCCGCCCUUGAAGAGGCAAAUGAUGGAGAGCAGGAGAAUCUGUGGCCUGAGGUUUUUGCCCCACCUAUGUUGAGCUCCCCUGGCUCCAAGAAGUUCAUGCCCGGGUGCAAACCACAAGAGUUCAAACUGGACCUGUCUCGGAACAACCUGGUGGCCAUCAAGCCUGAGAUGUUUGCCAACCUCUCACGCCUCCACUGCCUCAGCCUGAGCCACAACUGCAUUGCACAGGCUGUCAACGGCUCUCAGUUCCUGCCGCUGACCAAUCUGCAGGUGCUGGACCUGUCCCAUAACAAGUUGGACUUGUACCAUGGGAAAUCAUUCAGCGAGCUCCCACAAUUACGGGAGCUGGACCUGAGCUAUAACAGCCAGGCCUUCAGCAUGCAGGGUAUAGGCCACAACUUUAGCUUUGUGAGCCGCCUCUUACGGCUGGAGUACCUUAGCCUGGCAUACAAUGGCAUUCACAGCCGCGUGUCCUCACGUCUUUACAGCCACUCACUGAAGUACCUGGACUUCAGCGGCAACGGCAUGGGCCUCAUGUGGGGCGAGGGGGACCUUUACCUCCACUUCUUCCAAAACCUGACAGGCCUGAACUAUCUAGACCUGUCUCGGAAUCACCUGCAUAUCCUCCUUCCGCAGAACCUGGAUAACCUCCCCAAGAGCCUAACGAAUCUGAGCCUCCGUGACAAUUUUCUGUCUUUCUUUAACUGGAGCAGCCUGGCCUUCCUGCCUAAACUGACAACCCUGGAUUUGGCAGGAAACCUACUAAAGGCCCUGACCAAUGGCACCCUGCCUAAUGGCACUCAGCUCCAGAAACUCGAUGUCAGCAGCAACAAUAUCGUGUCUGUGGUCCCAGCCUUCUUUGCUCUGGCUGAGGAGCUGAGGGAGGUAAACCUCAGCGACAACAAUCUCAAGACCGUGGAUCGCUCCUGGUUUGGACCCACCGCCCUGAGCCUGAAGAUGCUGGAUGUGAGCAGCAACCCUCUGCACUGUGCCUGUGGGGCGACCUUCCUGGACUUCCUGCUGGAGAUCCAGACGGCGGUAUCUGGCCUGGCCAUCAACGUGAAGUGUGGCAGUCCCGGCCAGCUGCAGGGCAGCAGCAUCUUUAAGCAGGACCUGCGGCUGUGCCUGGAUGAGGCUCUCUCCUGGGAGUGCUUUAGCCUGUCGCUGUUGGCCGUGGCUGCGGGCACGGUGGUGCCCUUACUGCAUCACCUGUGCGGCUGGGACCUCUGGUACUGCUUCCACCUGUGCCUGGCGUGGCUUCCUUUGCUGGCCCGGGGCCGGCGCGGGGCCCAGGCUCUGCCCUACGAUGCCUUCGUAGUGUUCGACAAGGCGCAGAGCGCAGUGGCCGACUGGGUGUAUAACGAGCUGCGGGUGCGGCUGGAGGAGCGGCGCGGGCGCAGAGCCCUGCGCCUGUGCCUGGAGGACCGGGAUUGGCUGCCGGGCCAGACGCUCUUCGAGAACCUCUGGGCCUCCAUCUACAGCAGCCGCAAGACUCUGUUUGUGCUAGCCCACACCGACCGGGUCAGCGGCCUCCUGCGCACCAGCUUCCUGCUGGCUCAGCAGCGCCUGCUGGAGGACCGCAAGGACGUGGUGGUGCUGGUGAUCCUGCGCCCCGACGCCCACCGCUCCCGCUACGUGCGGCUGCGCCAGCGCCUCUGCCGCCAGAGCGUGCUAUUCUGGCCCCAGCAGCCCAGCGGACAGAGCAGCUUCUGGGCCCAGCUGAGCACGUCCCUGACCAGGGACAACCGGCACUUCUAUAACCGAAACUUCUGCCGGGGACCCGCAGCCGAAUAGCCCAGGGAAACAGCUGGGAACAGCUGCGCCUCACGCCCAGCCGGCCACCCGGGUUGCUCUGCCUGCCUUGCUCUGUCUUACUUUACUCCCCCGGUAUCUGGCAGGUGCUCAAAAUGUGCUACCAAGCCACCAGCCCUGAGCUCCUGGGAGGUGUGGCUCGGGGGAGAGAUGGCGGACUUCUCCAGAUCUUCACAAAGAGGAAGGAGUUAGAUGAAAACUGGGCGCGCAGAGCAAAGGGUGGGGUGCUUUGGAGAUAGUCACCAACUGUGGACUUACUGAUCCUUUCCAGGGAAUAGGGCCGGGUUUGCCUUUUGUUUGUUUGUUUGUUUGUUUGUUUGUUGAGACAGGGUUUCUCUGUGUAGCCCGGGCUGUCCUGGAGCAACCGCUGUAGACCAGGGUAGCCUCGAACUCAUGGAGAUCCGCCUGCUUCUACUGAGAUUUCAGGCCUGCACCACCAUGCUCAGCCUUUUUUUCUUUUUUCUUUUUUUCUUUUAAGUUGUCCUCUGAAUGCCCUGCUGUCCUUGCAAGCCUGGGUCAGCACCUCUCUGUCUUGUAUUUAUCUAGGGGAUCUGCCUCCUUCACCUCCUGGCCCGUCAUGAGGGCAGAGAAGAUGCAGGGCUAGUUUAUCUUUGGUCCUCAGCAAGCUCCUGAGAAAACUCCCGAGCAGGGUGGCAGUCACUGCUGGGUGUGUAGAAAAUGAGGGAUGGUUACAUGCUCUGGUGGCCAUGCCUACGCUGGGCAAAGAAAGCCAGCCUUGAUUAGAGUCCGGCCAGUAGCAGCAAGGAGCUGGGAUCCAGAGGAGAUUCAAAGGUGUGUUCAACCUGCGUGUGUGUGUGUGUGUGUGUGUGUGUGUGUGUGUGUGUGCGCGCGCGCGCGUGUGCAGGGAAUUCAGGGAUGGAAAGCACUCAUAUGUAUGUAUGAGGGUCCAUGUACACAUGUGUGCUUGCUGGGGGCCGGAGGUCAACCUCACAUGCUAUUCUUCUGGUGCUAUACAUUUUGGUUUUUGAGACAGUCUCUCAUUGACCCCAAGCUCACAGAUUAGUCUAGGCUAGCUGGCCAGAGAGCCCCAACUACUCUCCAUCUCCAGCUUCCCAUCCCUGGGAUGACACAGGCAGCUUUUUCAUGUGGGUUUUGAGAUAAAAUGCAGGUCUUCAUGCUUGCAUGGCAAACACUUUGUAGACCGAGCUGUCUCCCCAGCCCUGUAUCUACCCUUUUGACAGCCCUAUAUCUACCGUACACAGUUCACAUUUGAGAUCUGUGCCAUGGCUUAAAAGCAAAAUAAAAUCACACCAAAAAAAAAAAAAAAAACUAACAAAAAAAUUCAGCAUAUAGUUUGUUUUGGGCUGCAUUCACAGCUAUGCCGGGACCAUCAAUCUGUGGACCACAGGCUGAACACACCUAUUAAGAUGAACUCAUAAUCCAUCCCUUCCCACUUCCGCAUAGAGGGUCAUGCUGGGUCAUUCUGUUCAGACAUCAAAAGACUCCCAGGUGAGCUGCCACCUGGCUGCAAAGGGAAGGAGCCUCUUCCGUGCACUUGACUCUCAAACAUGCUGACACUCAGCCCCAGGCAUUGUCACAUCUGAUCAAGAUAGAAUAUAUAUGUAUAUGUUUGUUUGUUUCUUUCUUUCUUUCUUUUUAAGCCAGGCAGGGUCUCACUAAAUAGUCCAAGCUAACCUGAAAUUCUGUAGACCAGGCUGGCCUGGAACUCACAGAAAUCUACUUGCUUCUGUUUUCCAGGUGGUGGGAUUAAAGGUGUAUACUACCAUGCUCAGAAUUUUUUUUUUAAAUUUUAAGUUGCAUUUAUUUUGUGUGUGUGCAUGUGUGCGUGUGUGUGUGUGUGUAUGCCUGGACUGGCUUGUGGGGGUCAGAGGACAAAGGAGUCAGCCCUCUCCUUCUACCAUUAGAAGUUCAGAGAUUGAACUCAGUUGGGGAUGUACAUAAGUUCCAGAAAAGAAGCCGCACCUUUCACUGAACCUUCCAUAAGGCUCCUUAAAACAUCAGUCAUCGUGCAGGGGUUGAAAUGUUGCAGGCCCAGAACCUAAUUACAAUUUAUAUUAGGCUAUCUCUAGCCUUCUGAAUAGUCAUUCCUUGCCUGUCUGUCUGUGACAGAGCAGAUAAUUCACUUAACAAAAACAGUUUCUGCCAAUGUUAUCAUAUAGCAUCCAACGUGUAUAGCUGAGAUAUGCCCGCCCUCGCUUUGCUUGAACCCACCUACUUAAGAUUUCUACCAGUGUAUUUGAAAGGUGCCUCAACUUGUAGUAUUUUUUCCUUCUUCUUCAAGACAGGGUUUCACUAUAUAGCCCUGGCUGUCCUGGAACUCACUGUGUAGACCAGGCUGGCCUCCAACUCACAGAGAUCCACCUACCUCUGCCUCCUACGUGCUGGGAUUAAAGGUGUGUGCCACUAUGCCAUGCUUCUACUUGUGUUUUCUCUGCUCCAUUACUAAAAGAAUAAACUAUUUUUUAUCCCCUUCAA